GUGAGGGGGGAGCGGCGGUAACGGCCGCCAGCGGGUAACGGCCGCCGGGCCUCCCUCCCGCCCUUCCGCCGCCGCGGGAGGCACCCGCCGCCUCGCCACAGCCGGCUCUCCCCGUGGCGGGGCCGCCGCCGUCCCGGCCGCUGCAUGGAGCUGUCUGCCAUCGGGGAGCAGGUGUUCGCGGUGGAGAGCAUCCGCAAGAAGCGCGUGCGGAAGGGUAAAGUAGAAUACCUGGUGAAGUGGAAAGGAUGGCCCCCAAAAUACAGCACAUGGGAGCCAGAGGAUCAUAUCUUGGACCCUCGCCUGGUCGUGGCUUAUGAAGAAAAGGAAGAGAGAGACCGUGCAUCGGGGUACAGGAAAAGAGGCCCCAAACCAAAGCGCCUCCUACUGCAGAGGCUGUAUGGCAUGGACUUGAGGAGUGCCCACAAGGGAAAGGAGAAGCUCUGUUUCUCUCUUGCACGGAGGCUUGGAGGAGGAGACAGUACCCUGCCAGCAGCCAAGCCAGGGCAGGCAGAGUUCUCAGAGAAGACUGGGGGAGCAGUCCUGCCAUUCUCUCUUCGGAAGCAACGCAAAAACCAGAAGUACCUGCGACUUUCAAGGAAGAAGUUCCCCCGCAUGGCAGGCCUGGAGAGCCGAAACUGCAGGCGUGAGUUCUUCCUGAAUGAUGCAGUGGGCCUGGAGGCUAGGCAGAGCUCUGAGGACUGGGAGGCCAUGCAGCACACCAGCAAAGAAGCAGAUGUGGAUGGCAGUCUCCCUUGGAUUCCCACUGUGUCCCCCAGCGAGGUGACGGUGACAGACAUCACGGCAAACUCCAUUACCGUCACUUUCAGAGAAGCACAAGUGGCUGAGGGCUUCUUUCGAGACCGGAGUGCACAGUUCUGAAUCUCCAUUUUCAGUGCUCCCCAAAACGAGUGCUUUUAGGGUGGGGCUAGAGAAGGGUUAUUUUAUCCCUUAAAAAAAAUAAUCCAAACUGUCUCCUCUUAAAAUGUUUACAGAGACCUUUUUUUUUAUUUUCCUUUUUCCCCUUUCAGAUACGCAAAAAAGGGCAGUGGGGGGGGGGGGGGGGGGGGGGCUUGUGUCAUUGCUUUGUCCAUCUGAAAAACUGACAGCCUUUCCCUGGCAAAGACUCCCCUCCUAGAUGUGAAAGCAGCAAGCUGAACAAUUCUCCUUUUAUCCUGUUAAGUGGCAGCAGCUGCAUUUGUGGGGAGAGGGCAUGUGGAGGUGGAAAGAGAGCUGGAUCUCUAGCCUGCCGCCUCGUUCUGCAAUUGAUAUCCCUUAGAUAAAGAUACUUCUCUGUGCAUUGCUCGUCCCACCUUCCUCCUCCCUCUCUUCCUGCAGCAGUGAGAGGCGAUGGAUCCUACCUGUCUAGAUAACUCCAGGAGAUUAAGACUUUCUCUCCAGUGCUGUUUUCCCUGUGGCCUGCUGUCAGGACUUCAGAUCCCUGUUUCCCUGUCUGUGGUAAGUCAGUCUUUGCAGCACAGGUCCAUACAGUCAACAGAGGUUUCUCCCUUUGAUUGUUGAUCAUGCAGAAAGACUGAAAUGCAUCUCUAAAAUCUAGAUUGGCAACAUAAAUUCAAUUUGCCCUCAUUAAAAGCUCAGAAUCCCGGCGCGGUCAGACAUACCAUUCUGUAUAUGCUAAAUGGGCUUCCAGGCUCAUCUCUGCUGUGUGAGGAAUGCUUUAUGGAAAGUGGAGUGUUCUUACCCUUUGCCAAAUUCAGUAUUAAUAACAAAUGCUGCCCUGAAUCUCUGGUAAUAAGUUGGUUGAAAACUGACUCCUCUCCCCUGGGAGGAGGAGCUAAUAGGACAACUGAAACAUUGCCUAGCACUGCAAAGAUAUCCAAGAUACUGGCACAGGCCCAGGACACAGGAAUUGGACAGAACAGCUAGAAAUGGACCUUGAUUAGCAGCAAAUUCUGUUCUUGGAUCCCAUUGAGAGAUCAAAUGUAAAUGACAUGUGGGGAAGGCAUUUUAUUUUUUUUUUGAGGAAGGGGAAAAAAAAAAUCUUAAUUCUUAGCAAUGAGGAUUCUUGGAUUGUACUGCCUGAAUAAUAUUCUUCCUUGACUCCAGUCUCCUCACAAUUUCUGUGAUCCUGUACUACUUUACUGAUGGGAACUUCCCCUUGGAAGGCUUCAAAAUCUUUGCCAAGGAAAGCGGUCUCCAUUUCAAUAGACCUUGCCUGAUCUUGCACUUAAAAAUGCCUUGUGCUGGACUGCCUGUGACACUUUGAGGUUUUUAAAGAAUUGCUGUAUUUUGAGUUGGUAGUUUAGCAUAGCAUCUGUUCUUGCACAAGCAUGUUCUCUUCCAUUUUUUCUAAAAGCAAAUUUUAUUUAAAUAACUUAAAAAUUUAAAUAUAGACCUUUUCCUAUGGAAAGCAAGAAAAGUAAGUUAAGAGUCUAAGGUGGGAACUGCAGGACAGAGUGCUGCAGGGUAACAUUGGCUAUUGUCAUGAUUACUGUCCUUAAAUCCUUUGUUUUCUCCCCCCACCCACUUGAAGCAUCUCUUAUCUGACAUGUUUAUUCUAAAUGAAGCUACUAGCCUUCUGAGCUCUGCCGUAAAGACAGCUGUGGAAAUCCUCAAUGUUUUCCUUUGAAGGGCUUGGCUGUUGGCCUGCAGAAUUUGGGACCUCUGGGACUUCUGGUUCCCCAGACAUUUACUUUUUAUGAAGUGCUUGAACUGCCCCUUUAGUUUUUCUUAAAAGCAGGUUUUACCUCAGAUAGGAUAUGGCAGCUCAGUGUAGACUUAGGAUUUCCCUUCCAUCUCAACACUGUUUGAGCAGGCCUGUCUUCCACUGUGUCACAGCAGUUUCAGGACCACUGGGAAGGUCUUGAAUUUCUGGGCUAACUGUUUUUGUCUCAAAGAAGUGACAUGAGAGUUUUAUUAUGGAGAAAUCAGGGGGUGAUAAGUGAAAGCUAGGGAAAGGAGGAAUUAUGUGGUGGGAGGAAGAGUGAGUGGGAAAGAAGCUUGCCAUAGCUAGCAAGGCCAAAUUGAUGAGGGAAGCAUACAGGCUCAGGAUGUUUGCUGAAUGUAGGUGUGCAGAACAAGGCUUCUGAAUCUGGAGCUGCACUGUCUAAACAGGAUCACCCUCUUCUGCAGGAUGUGGGGUCAGACAGUGUUGUCAUUGCCACCCCCCUACACACCCACACACCCCCUCUUCCUGACACCUGCCAAAUAUGCUGAAUACCUGCAUCUCUUGCUUGUUGUGACCAGUAGACACACCGUAUGGCUGAGUUCAUUCUUCAGGGUUGUAGUAGGUCGGGUAGUUGUGAUUGCAGAAGCAUAUAUUUUAAAAUGCUUACUUUUAAAAAAGUCUUGAACUCCAGCUCAUCCUGCUAAAUCUUCAUGGCAUUUACAGGACCUGGCUUCUUUAUUCUAAUGCAGCUACCGCUGCUGCCUUUAUCCUGUCUUAAUCUCAGUGUACAAAUAGACCAAAAAAGCUUUUUAUUUACUAAGGUUCCUGGCUUUGGCUGAUAUCGGAAGCAAUACCAAUCCUGCACAAGAGCUUAUCCUAAUAAACUGGAUUUCCAUCCUCUGCUUUUCUGUCCACUCACCAGCUGAGUCUUCUCAAUACUUUGUUUUGGCAUUUCUUUGUUCAUUAGUUUCUUUCUUGUGCAGUCGAGUUUCCAAAGACUUGUGGUGGUCUUUCAGAGAGGAUCCACCCACAGCUUCAUAUCUUAAUCAUCUUCUGGUUCAGACUAGCUUGUGUUCUGCUGGUGACUAAUGAUCUUGCUACACGAAAUGUUGAACAAAGUACCUGGCUAUCAUGCUGCUUUGUGUACAGGUCAAUGAGGAGUUAACCCUUCUCAGGUUAAGACGCAGCAGGUUGCCUGUGCGUGGGUUUGCUUUGUGAGUGUGAGGAGGAGUUUGGUAGGAAACACAGCUAGUCACUGUGUUGGGGUGGACUUUUUGUUUGACAUUCAUGAAUUCCUGCUUAUCUUAAAGAUUUUUUGAGAAGAUUUUUCUCUUGGUCUUUUUAAAAUGUGGCUGUGUUCCAUAUUGCUAGUGACAUAUUGUUGUAAACUUCCUUGGUAGAGCUGGUCUUCAGGGACUUUAAAAUUAGCUUUAUUUGACUUUUGCAGGUGUAGAGAUGAAUGGGGAUUUUACUUGCGAUGGCAAGAGAGGGUGUCUGGGUUUACUUGUCUCUUCUCCCCAAUACUGCCCAUCUACCAGUUUGAUCCAAAAUCUGAAAAUUGAUUUGGGACCUCUUGGGCUAACAUGAAAAUCAGAUGCUGUGCUCAGUGCUUUGUUAAGCAUUCUGUUUGAUUAGAAGAGCCAGAAUAGCAUCCAGCUGAAGCUGAGUGUAAUAAUUCUAUUUGAAGCACAAGCUGAGAAUAGAAGUGGGCUAACUCUCCCAUACCUUGUUUGGCUCCAUUGCUGUAAAUAAGAAAACCAGACUUCAACCAGUGGAAAUUACUGAAUGAUACACAAGAAACAAACUUCUCGAAGAAGAACUGUUCUAAUAGUCAUUCUUUUAACUGUUUCCAUGUGAGAAUUUAUCAGCCGCAUUUAGGGGACAGAACUUUUUAUUUCCUAGAACUUUUUAUUUCCUAGAUCUUCUCACAGUGAACUCACUGUAUAUAUGACAUAAUUGAGGGACUUCACGAGACUGGAAAACCUUCAUUGUUAACACUGUGUUUAAAAAAAAUAAAUGGAAAGGACUGCCUCUGUUCCUGGAUCGUUAUAAACUAGAUGUUAUUGCUUUGAUAUAUAAGUGAUGCCUUGGAACAGCAAGUUUUAACACGUAAAUAGUGGCAUUAAAUAGCCUUGUAGCUCCUGCAUGCUCUUUAUUGUCUUGCAUUUGCCUGGGGGCCUUUCUGCUUGUGAAGUCAGACCAAGGUGGGUUGUGGUUUUUUUUUUCUUUUUCAAGCAAAGCCAGGAUAUUAUUGUGAGAACACCCAAAAGCAGUUCCAUUUGCCAAAAUAAGCCCAAAUCUGAAGUGUAUUGACCCUUGCUUAUGUUGGAGCCUCAGACAGAAAGAAGCUUCCUGAGAAGUGAAUGGCUUUUUUUUGUUGUUAGUAUUGUGAAACUGUCCAGAAUUGUUCUUCUGGUGGUUUGUGACUGAAUGUAUAAAAUUGUUUGUUCACCUCACAGGGGGCCCUUGGCCCCAGAACUGUUUCCUGCUGUACGCCAGCUAGUGCUGUUUGAUGGCUUCACUGGAAUAGAGAAGGGAGGCCUUGCACAGGUCAAAAAACAGGCAGGGUAGCUGAAGCAAGACCCUUGGUGCUAGCCACAACAGAGGCUGGGGUGCGGAAGACAGCAGCGAGGGCUGUCAGCCACCACAACUAUGUAUUUCAGCAAAGCUAAAUCUACCACCACCUCUCCACCCCUUCCUCUCCUCUCAGGCUUUAAGUUUGUGCUUUCAAAAGUCAGGAAAGUGCAAAAACUUCCUUUUCUAAAGCUAAAUUGGUGUCUGUCCAUCUUCUGUUCCUCCCUUGCUUACCUGCAGGCUAGGAAGAAGAGGGUAGUGGGUCUUUCUAUGAAAAUAGCAGAGCAGCUGCUUAUCAGGGAAGGGAAGAAAGAAAUUGCCUCGGAGUUGCUUGUGCUCAGUGGUUGAGGACAGGCCUUUGGGUGAGCUAGUAGUUGAAAUACAAAGCAUGUUAGACAUGCAAAUAACUGGUAGUGAAACUGAUCUCUUCCAUCAGUGAGUGGAUGCCACUCAGAGUUCUGAGCGGGCCCUGAGGAGAGGAGAUGGUCAGUGCUGCGUUCAUGUGUCUUAUACCAUUUGGAAAGCAGGAUAUAUGUAUGUUAACAGUUUGGUUAGGGUAACUUCUACCUGGGAAUGUGCGGCAUUAGCAUGCCCAGGUAAAGGGAAUGUGUCUCUUUUGCUGUGCUUGUCUUCAAAACAGUUGUCCCCAAGGGCAUGGAAAACUUGUUAUGAGACAAUAGCUUAUGAUCAGGAGAUCAUGUUGUACGCUGCCUGCUGAACCUACUGUCCUCACAGAGAAAAUGUGAAGCCUGCGGGUGUCAAACUGCCAGGAUUCCACCCAAGCAGCUGGUUAAGAUGGGAAGGCCCUACAAAACAGCCCCAGUAUGAUUGGAAGGAGGGAGAAGCAAAUCAACUUAAAAAUUAAUUCAGACCCUUUGAAUCCUUUCCUGUAAAAAGCAUGUCCUGGAAUGAUGGCUCCUUUUUCUCUUCCAGCUCUCUUUCCCUUGCACCCUUAAUUUCUGAAAGUACAGUGGCUUAGCAGGGACCGUGUGGGAGAUGAUCCCUAGUAACUGGGAAUUGUAGAGAGGAGCAGAGUUCAGUGGGAACACAUAAUGGGUGACAGGGGGAGACGGUUUGCUACCGAGUUGGGAUAGGGUAGAAGCUUUGCUACUGAGAUUGUUUCCAUCUGCUGUGGGCUGCUCUGCAAAGAAGCUGGGGGUUCUUGUCUGAGACUAGUGUGGAUGAUGUCUGAGAGUGCCAGUCGGAUGUGGAAAGAGAGAGCUCAUGAGACUGUUCAGAACCUUUGUCACAGCUUAUCUUCUUCCUGGGGUAGCAGAGUUUUGACUGGGAGGGGGAUUUUGGAGGAAGAGGAGGUGGAAAGCCUUUUUUAUUAUUAUUUUUUUUAACCAGAAAAUGUAGUGUCAGCACAAAGAAGCUUUUUGCAAACCUGUCAAAAUGUUAAGCAGGUUUUUUGUUGUUUUUUUUCUUGCUUUUAAAUCUGAAGUAUGUUUUGAAGCACUUUGGAAAUGCAAAGCACUAGGAGUACUAAGCACUCCUUAUCUGUCUAAAAGUGGCAUCUAAAAAGCAAAAGAUGUAUCUGUUUCAGGCCUCUGGCUGCUCUUUAUCUUUUUUUCAGAGCUGCCACCCAGCCCUUUGCCUCCCUCCUAUGGCUGCAGGGGGAGUCUGUUCCACCGUGCCAAGUAAAGGAGGGCUCCCUAAGGGAGGAGAGGAGACCUGCAGGGUCCCUGGCUCACCUUCAGGGAGCGGGUUGGCUUCCUCCCUCCCCACUUCCUUUGUCUGAUGAAAGCGAAAAAUGAAGUUGUUUCAGUUUGAGUGGUCCUAGUCUGGAACUACGACCAAUUCUUCCAAAUCCUUAUAGUUUCCUGUCUGAGAAAUUGCACCUUAUUAGCUUAGUUGAGGAAUGGGGAGAUAACUUCCUUCUGUAGGAUUGGGAGAGGGAGGGUGAACCAGAGGCUGCCUUUAGUAGCUGCUGGAUUUUUCCAGAGGCCAUUUUCUCACCUCAUCUCCAACAGAACAGCAACAAAAGAACUAAAAUAAUUUAGAUGAAGUUUCAAGAACCUUUUGAGCGGACUAAGUUGAGAGAGUAAUUUUUCCUCAACUAGCAAGCUCUAGAGCUGGGGGAACCCCAAUUCUGUUGCUGGGUUUUUAGCAACAACCUUUUCCCUCAACACAUUCACAUCCUUUGGACUCCUUUGCACACUGACUCAUCUGAUUUGGUCUGCUUCCUUUCUGCUGGGGGAGGGGAGAAGAUGAGGGAUGGGGUCAGUUAGAGGGGAGGGCCCCCAAAUAUUUUUGUUCUUGUCCCUUCAGUUGUUGCUGUUGUUCCUGUCAGCACGCUAGAGUAUCCCAGUUUUUGCACAGAAAGCUUUCUUUUGCACAGAAUGAGCUUCUAGCUUUUGUACAGACUAACUGAAUGUAUUUGGGGAGGGGGGGAGAACUAUGGAGUAAACCAAUUCCAAACAAACCAAUUGGAGUAUAAUGCCUUUUCUGAGAGAGUGUGUGCUGUAAAAGGAGAUUGUAAUAGCAAAGGGAGGGCAGGUUCAAGUACAAUUUGACACAAAGUGUGGUUUUAUUUUUGUACUGAUACGGAUAAGAGACUGUAUAGCAUCUAUUUAUUUAGAUGAUUUAUGUGGUAAAUGUUGCAAACAAAAUUAUUAAAAUAUUAAAUAUGAGAACUGACAUUUA